AUGACAAAAAUUGGGAACAGGAAGAGGAAGGCUUCGGCUUAUAUCAAGAAAGUCAGAUCAGUCAAGGACACUAAAGCUAAGAUGAUCAAAGCUAAGGUCAUCAAAGGCAAGAUUGCCAAAGGGAAGGUGGCAAAAGGUAAGGUGGCAAAAAGUAAAUUGACCAAAGCUAAGAUGUUCAAAGACAAGAUGACCAAACGUAUCAAGGGCAGAAUCAGUGUUCAAGGUUUGAAGAAGAUCAGUUCGCCAUCUUCACCAGUGUCUGCACCUGACGAUGAUCUUUUUGAUGAUACAGGUUCUAUGAGUGAUAUCACUUCGUCGUCUGAGUAUGAUGAUAGCGUCAAGAAGACAAAUCUUGGUAAGAAGAGAAAGAGAUACUCUAAAAGAGACUUCCGUUCGUGCUUCAACAGUUUUUUCCAACAGCUGAAUUGCAUUCCACAUCCUUCUUCAGUCAAGAUUGACAUUGAUUCGGAGAUGAAACUUCAGAGACAGCGCAGAUUGAUUGAGUUGGAUCGUUUGAGAGCAGAUUCUGAUGAUGAAAACGAUCUUAGUGACGUUGACAAUUGCCUUGAUUUGUACGAAAGGACCAAUACCGCUUCAUCUCAGAUGACUUGCAAAGCUUCAACGAGCAAGACAUUCGAGAAGAUCGAAGAACCUCUCUCUCAGCUAACGACUGGAUUAGAGCCUGUCGACAGAAUUAUUCUUCAAGCCGAAGGCUGUUCUGAUGAGGACAGGGAUUUAUUCAAGAUGGCCAGCGAGACGAACACUCUAGCAGGUCAUUUGGAGAUAUCUGAUCCUAUUGGAAACGAUCCCGAGGUGGAAAAUAUGUCUGCUGUCAAGGAUGUCAGUGGAUCCUGUGAUUUGAUUUCCGCCACCUCUUUUUUCAAGUCUUUAACAGACGAGGAAGAAGUUGAACUGCCAUUGGAAGAAGCCGGUGAGUCGAUUACAUGUGAUUAUGCCAGUCUGACACCUACUUCUGCCUCUUCGCUUAACAUCACAGAUUUUCUGAAUAUUGACGUUCCUCCAGAAGAUGAUUGUACUACCGUCUUUCAUCACAACACCAUCUUUCCAUACCGUUACAACAGUGAUAAUCUAAAUUUGUCACUUGUUGAUGAUGCAGAAGCUUUAACUUCACAGCCUAAAGGACUUCCAGCUCUCAAUAAGAGGGCUUUAUUUUAUGGCAACUCGCAGGCUAUGAUGAGCAAUGAAAAAUCCGUCUCCAUUGACGACUUCUUAUGCUGA